AUGAAGCUACUACCGAAUGUUAAUUUUGAGUCCCUAAAUAGCAAACUAUCAUCGAUAGAGAAUAACGAAUGUCGAAUUGAAGGAAGGGUAGAAAGUUAUUCCUGUAAAAUGGCCGGCAACGAUAAGAAGUUAUAUAAAAUGUUAAAUAUUGAUGGAGAAACUGCGAAUGAUUUGCAGGCACUCUCCCCAUCACAACAAUCCUUCUAUACGCAAAGUGGAAGCCCUGUGGUUGCUGGACAAAUUUGUAAUACCUGCAGUCGCAAGACACUGUACUACUUAGUAUCCACUUUAAAUGCAUCGUUCUUUCCGGACUAUGAUUUUAGCGAUGCUAAAUCAGAUGAAUUUAGCCAAGAGCCGAGUGUACAAUUUGUAAAGAAAGCCAUUGAAUCCAAUCUCAUGCCUGCUGAUCCUCAGUUUUAUAUUGGCAUGCAGCAACAUUUAUGGCAGACUAUAGAUAAUGAAAUCACACUGACGGAUUGUGAUAUCUACAGUUAUAAUCCCGAUAUGAAUUCGGAUCCCUACGCUGAAGAAGGAAUAUUGUGGUCUUUCAACUACUUCUUUUACAACAAGAAGUUGAAGCGCAUUAUAUUCUUUAGCUGUAGGGCUGUCAGUAAAAUCGCAUCCUCUGGUAAUUAUGACGCUGAUAUUUCCGAAAAUAUGUAUAUCGAUGAUAUGGAGGAACUACCGAACAGUAGUUCCGCUACUGUCAUGAGCUACUAAAAUCUUUAUGCUCAUUUGAAUUUAAAAUCUUUGGAGACAUACAGAUACCUACUCAUGGAGGACUGCAUAUUUUAGGCACGCCGUUUCACAACUUAGACGAUCUAAAGUUGGCGAGUACGCUGUAAACGUUAAAUCUCUGACAGACAAUCAUGGCGAAUUCUAAAUAACCUGUUGUGUUGCUCAUUAAUUCGAUAAAG